CAGAGUCCGCAGCAAUCGAGGAGUUGCACUGAGUUCAAGUUCAGAAGUGCUUUACACAUGAAAUCUGCUGGCUCUCUAGCUGAUUAUUCUCUGUCACCGUCUCAACAGAAUUGGAUUUACAGUCAUGGAGGAACAUCAACAACAUUUACACUGUGUGAACUGUGUCAGCCGUCGUUGUAUGACGAGACCAGAGCCUGGCAUUUCCUGUGAUUUGAUUGGCUGCCCGCUGGUUUGUGGAGCAGUUUUUCACUCGUGUAAAGCUGAGGAACAUCGCAUGUUAUGUCCACUUGAAAGAGUGCCUUGUUUGAAUAGCGGCUUUGGAUGUCCCUUCAUAGUAGCCAGAAAUAAAAUUGCUGAUCAUCUAGAAGUUUGUCCUGCAAGUGUGGUAUGUUGUACCAUGGAGUGGAAUAGAUGGCCAGUCAGUUAUGCAGACCGAAAAUCUUAUGAAAAUCUGAGUAAAGAUGUUGAUGAAGUGGAACAGCUAGAUAUGGCUUUAGCCCUUCAAGACCAGCGCAUGUUACUAGAAUCACUUAAAGUAGCAACUAUGAUGUCAAAAGGAGGUGAUCAAAUACCAGAAUCUAGAGAGCAAACCUCUGUCAAAUCGAGUGCCCCAGACACAGUGCAUUCAAAUGGUUUGAUGCCUGUAGAUGAAGAGUCCUAUGGUGCACUUUAUCAAGCUACUGUAGAAACAACAAGGAGUUUAGCUGCUGCUCUGGAUAUCCUGAACACUGCUACAAGGGACAUUAAUAUGUUAAGUUCAAGGCUCUGCAUUUCACCACGUGAAAUGAAAGAAGAUACUGAGAUUAAAGAACAAGCUUCUAAUGGCAUUAUUCAGGAUAAAAAGUCUGACCAUGAAUAUUCAGAUGAAGAUAAUGUAGGAGCAGUUGGGGGAAUUAACUUUGAUAGCCUGAGUCAAAAUUCCCAAAUGGAGCAAAAUGGUUCUAGUGUUAUUUGUUAUGAUGUAGUGCAAAAACAUGACUUAAAUCUAAACUUCACUAACUCCUCACUUUUGUGUAAUGGCUUUCAUGUAGAAAAUGAAUGUUCAAAGGUGUUGGACCACAAUGAAGAUCUUGGUGUAUCUAAUUCAAAACCAUCCAGUGUAGCAAAUGGUGAAUGUACUGCAUCUCAUGAUGAUGAAGCAUUAGAGUCUUGCAGCUCCUUCCCUGUAACAGCACAACUUAAAGAAGUAAUAUCAGCUGAUCACUUAGUUAAUGGCAAUGUUAAUCAUGUACUACUUCCCCAUAAUGCUAAUGAAGAAGAAAUGUUAGAGAGACAAGUGGAGCAGGACAGAUUGAGAAACGUAGAUGCAUUUUCACUUUUACGGCAUCGAUCAUACAAAUUCCUUGUUAACCACUAUUGGUCUACACCAAAAGAAGACAAAGCUGUUGAUACGUCAGAUUUGGAGAUAACAGAAGAUCCUAUGGGUCUUCAGGGGAUUGAUCUAAUCACUGCAGCUCUGUUGUUUUGCCUAGGAGACUCUCCGGGCGGUAGGGGAAUAUCAGAAAGUCGCACUGUCGAUGUGUAUCACGUUGACUUUGGGACCCAAACAUUUUCUCUCCCAUCUGCUAUAUUGGCCACAAAUACAAUGGUGGGGGAAAUAGCUUCAGCUUCUGCAUGUGAUCAUGCCAACCCACAGCUUUCAAAUCCCAGUCCAUUCCAGACCCUUGGACUGGAUUUGGUACUGGAAUAUGUGGCUAGAUACCAAACAAAACAGCGUUCAAUGUUUACAUUUGUUUGUGGACAGUUGUUUAGGAGGAAUGAAUUUUCAUCACAUUUUAAGAAUGUGCAUGGUGAUAUUCAUGCUGGCCUUAAUGGCUGGAUGGAGCAGAGGUGUCCUUUGGCCUAUUAUGGGUGUACAUAUUCUCAACGAAGGUUUUGUCCUUCAACACAAGGGGCAAAAAUUAUUCAUGACCGCCACUUACGGUCAUUUGGAGUUCAGCCUUGUAUAUCCACAGUAUUAGUAGAACCAGCAAAAAGCUGCUUAAUUGGACUACAUAAUGACCAUCUGAGUAGUCUGCCUUUUGAGGUUCUGCAGCACAUUGCUAGUUUUCUAGAUGGCUUUAGUUUAUGUCAACUUUCAAGAGUGUCACGUUUAAUGAGAGAUGUGUGUGGAAGCUUGCUUCAGGCACGUGGAAUGGUGAUACUGCUUUGGGAGAAGAUAAAGUACCCAGAUGGAAGCUCUUCUUGGCAGAUAAAAGAAAAGGUUUGGCGCUUCAGUACAGCCUUCUGUACUGUGAAUGAGUGGAAGUUUGCUGACAUCGUAAGCAUGGCUGACCACUUGAAGAAAUGUAGCUAUAAUGCUGUAGAGAGAAGAGAGGAGGCUGUUCCGCUGCCAUGUAUGUGUGUAACACGAGAACUCACUAAAGAAGGACGUUCACUGCGCUCUGUUUUGAAACCAGUACUUUAA